AUGGAUUCAAGAAAAGAAUACAUUGUGGUGAAGGAAAGUGUAGCAGAGUCUCAAUUGCACCGGUGCUUUGAGCGAUUGGACGUAAUUGCACAGCACACAGAAUGGAGAGAAAACUCCGUCAUGUGGCCUAACAUUGGCCGGCAUGGGCUCACAGCUCCCCAUGGCGGAGGGAUAGAGCCGGAUCAACCCAGGGAUGACGAGGAUGUCGAAGUUUGGGAAAGCUCGACCAAAAGAGAUAUCUCUAAUGGAUUGCCCUGCCGCAAGAUGACCGUUUAUCUUGCCAGUCAAUAUGGAGAGGCGUUGAAGAAGUUUGGAGGAAUGGAGCCUCCAAGCAUGAUAUAUUUGCAGGUCGUUUUCAUGUGCGCAGUCACCCUUGUCCAUGAAAUUGCUCAUUUAGCCUUCUCCGCAUGCUUCUCAAACCGACCCUGGAGGGGGGAGCCACUGGUCAAAGAUGAAGUGCUGCGUGAGCUGGGAUCCAGUUUAAUAGCUUGGCUAUUCAAAGGUUGGGUCCCCGAAAAUAUUAGCAUCGAUCCUAAUGGCAAAGAUGACCAUUCAUUCAAAUAUGGAUGUUGCUGGUAUAAACAGCGCCGCCAUCCAAGGGCACACCCGCAAUAUACGACGGUGCAUUCAAUGCCCAUGUCGUACAUCCAAUCCAUUCUAAGUCAAAAGAAGUGGGACAAGUUCGACGAGUACGACAUGCCAUCGUAUUCCAUGGCAGUUAGAACACUUCUCCUGGAACCUUUGCUGCCUUUUCCAGCAGGAAUCACUGCUCGCAUCGCCAGAAAGGCGAAGCGAGUUCAGGUGGACGAAGAUCCCGCCUUAGUCCCAUAUUCUGGCAUUUGGGACUACCAUGAUCCAGACUGGGAAGAGCCUGGGCGACUGGGAUCUAACGAAAAAGUCCCAUGUUCUCCCAAAACACCUUCUCUCAAAUCUGAAGUGGAUGCUAGAGAGACAAAUGACGGACUGAGGGGCGGAAGGUCAGCUAUCAGCCCGCCACCGGCUAACCGGAAAGGAGAGGCAUCCGAAGAAUUCUCCGAGUCUGCAGCUUCUUCUCCCAUCAAUAUUUGGUCUAUUCCGAGUGCCAGCAAGUCACCAUCUCCGCUGCAAAGAGGAGAAAUGCAACCGCGCUCGGAGCGUAGCGGCCAAGGAGACUGUGUAAGAAGCGAAAGUGCGAAUAGAGAAGAAUGCAGAGAUGUUGGAAUCAGCUAUGAAGAAUGUCAGACAGCAGGUGUGCAGAGGUCGCGCUUCAAUGGUAGCACAAUCCCAUACCCCAGGAAUCUGGCAGAUGUCGGUGCAAAUGUCACGGGUCCUAAUUCCAUGCCCGCGAGAAGGUUGAGACAGCGCACAAGUGCUUGUCCCAGCCGGCCAAGCUUCCGCGGACGUGGAAAUGGCGGCCACCACAUCUCCCAUAAUUCCGUGGGAAACAGUCAUUCGCAACUCGACAAUGAGGACAGCGGCAUCACAAAGCACGGCAUGCAACGCUUCCCUGUGAUGGCACCCCCAUCUGUGCAUAAUUCACUUCGGCGAUGGCCGGCAGAGAGACCUCUUCGAAGGAGCAGGAGGCUGCAAGGCCUGGACCCCGAAAUGCCGGACGGACUUCAACCGCCCAAGAGACGGCGGGUUGUGCGACAUUAG